AUGUGCACGCAGGAAUGCCUCGUCCUGGGACACUCCGACAACUGCUGGAUGCCCCCCACCAUGGGAUCCUACUCACAACCCAAAUCCCCAGUGUCCAACUUCGGAUCCCAGCGAGAAUGGGGUCCCAAAGACAAACUCAUCAACGGACACACUCUGACGCGGACCUGGAAAAGCGAGAAUCGGACGGAGCAUUUUGGAGACAGGAAGCAGUUUGGGAGCGGUGAGGGACACUUCACUAACAGCGGGAUGUCAGAUAUUCCGUUGGUGAGUCUCAAGUCGUGUCAGCCCGCGUCCUGCCCUGACAGCCCCAAAGACCAGCAGCUAUAA